AUGGUACAUUUGUUGAGAUCGCAUCGUAAAAUUUCUGAAGUUAAUAAAGCAUUGGCACAACGAUUUGGUGAUGUUAAUAUCCCAACACAUCAACAAUUUAGUCUUCUUGAAGUGCAAGCAGGAGGGAUGCAAAACAUUGGAUAUACAAAGAAAGAUUUAUAUAACUACAAAAGACAAUUGCAGAGAAAGAUGAAGGGGCAUGAUGCACAGAUGUUGAGUGAGCAUUUUAUUGGUGAGCAAGCAAAAAAUGAAUCUUUCUUUUUUAUGAUAGAGGCUGACGAUGAUGAUAGGCUUAAACAUUGUUUUUGGGCUGAUCCAACAUCUAGAAGAGCUUAUAAGUUUUAUGGUGAUGUGGUUGUAUUUGAUACCACUUACAAUACUAAUCGGUAUGGUAUGGUAUUUGCCCCAUUGGUAGGAGUUAAUAACCAUGGUCAAACUAUUCUUUUUGGUUGUGGGUUCUUGAGCAAUGAGACCACUGAAUCUUUUCUUUGGUUGUUUGAGCAAUUUAAGAAAGCUAUGCCUGCUGGUCCACCCAAAAUAAUUAUUACAGAUCAAGAUCCAGCGAUGGGAAAUGCUAUUUCACAAGCUUUUCCAGGUGUGUUUCAUAGAUAUUGCAUUUGGCACAUUCUGGAUAAGUUUUCUCAAAAGAUAAACACUUGCAUUUAUAAGGAUGAAAAUAGAGAACUUCAAAGUUGUGUGUGGGAAUCAGACACAAAAGAAGAAUUUGAGUCAAAGUGGAUGGAUGUGGUCAACAAAGGUAAACUAAAUGAUGAUGAGUGGCUAUCUUCAAUCUAUAGAAUACGUUCAAGAUGGGUGCCAGCAUAUGUGAAAGAUAUUUUUUCAGCAGGAAUGUCAAGUAGCCAACGAGUAGAAGGUGUUCAUGCAUUUUUCAAGCUCUAUAUUUCAAAAAGAAAUUCUUUAAUGGAUUUCAUAUUACGGUUUAAUAGAGCGCUUGCCCAACAACGUCAUGAAGAGAUAAUUGCUGAUCAUGUUGAUAUCAAUGAGCAGCCUAUGUUGAAAUCUCCAUUGAUAAUGGAGAAGCAAAUGGCUACCAUUUAUACUCGUAAAAUUUUCUACAAGUUUCAAAAAGAGUUGUGGAAAUGUUUGGCAUGUGUGCUUCAACUUGCAAGAGAGGAUGACAAUUUAUGCUUUUAUAAGGUAAUGGAGAGGGAAAAAGAUGGUAGCUUCAAGUUGAAGGUGCGAGAAGUCAUGGUUGACAAAGUUGCAGACUAUGCUUCAUGCAAUGAUGAAAAUGCAACUAGUAGUUAUCUUUCACCACAUUUGAAUGACCCUCUUCAAGUAAGGGCGAAGGGCUGCGGUAAAAGAUUGAAGGGAGGAAAAGAGAAAGCAAUGAAUAAGAGUAAACGUCAUUGCCAUGGGUGUGGACAAACAGGACAUGACCGAAGAACUUGUACAACUCACAUUAAUCAGUCCUCUUUGUGCAAGGAUGCAGAAAAUAUUUCACCCAAUAUCAAUAAUCGUUCUGCCGCCGAAGUUGGAUCAGUAGACGAUCUCAUCGAGGGAAUAAGACUCGGAGUCGGCAGUGGCAGCAGAGGAAGGGUCGGUGUUGAAGGGGACGUAGUGGGCAAAGAUAUGGUGGGUGUGGGUUGUGUUGUGGUAGCGAGCUUCGUGGUGACUGUUGCGGCAAUGGAGGAUUGUGGAGGAAGGGGAGGAUUGUGGAUGAAUUUUCGAAUUUACCCUCAUUUUUGA